GGAGCUAGUGCACAAGAAAAGCAGCAGAGGUCCCAUAGGUGAAGACUGACCACCUCCAGAGAACGCAGACAAAGGCAAACCCGAGCAGCCGCCAACAUGAGUCGCAGCCCUGAGAGGAUUUCGUCCUACCGACGCCACUUUGAGGACAGCAGCAACUUAUCCUCCUACCAGGUUAGGGUGUCCAGCCCAUCCCCGACCCGGAGAGUUAACCGCCACCAGUCAGCCAGCUACUCGCGCAGUGCCGGAGCCAGCAGUAUGCAGGCCCAGACCAUGGGGAGAAGGACCGUCUCCACCUCACGCAACGCCCGCAUGGCUGGCGGGAAUGUGGGAACCAUGGCAUGUGUGGGCUAUGGCAAUGGGGCCCCGGUGGACCUGGACGCAUCUGCUGCCGAGAACAAAGUAUUCCUCAGCACGCGCAGUGGUGAGCGGCAGGAGAUGGUCGUAUUGAACGACAGACUUGCUGUUUACAUUGAGAAGGUUCGGUCCCUGGAGCAGCAGAACAAGCUGUUGGAGAUGGAGAUUGACGGCAUCCAGAACCGGUUCGUGAAGCCGUCGGGCCUGCGCAAACUCUAUGAGGAUCAACUGAGAGAUCUGAAGAGGAUUGCAGAUCAGAUGAGAAUGCAGCGGGACCAAGCCUUAGCCGGUAAAGAGGCCAUGGCAGGUCAACUGGAGAUAACCAAAGUCAAAUACGAGGAGGCAGUUGAGCUGAGGAGGCGGGCCGAGAUGGAGAUAGAAGCAUUCCGUCCGGAUGUGGACAGAGCCACCUCUCAGCGCAUCGCCCUGGAGAAACAGCUCGAGCAGUUGGAGGUGGAGAUUGAAUUCCUUCAGAGGGUGCACAAAGCGGAAAUUGAAGAGCUACUGAAAAUGAUAUAUGCUGCCCAUUCCUCAGCCCAGAGCGCUUAUGACCUCCCCGACAUCUCAGGCGCUCUCAAACAAAUCCAAGCUCAGUAUGACGAAAUUGCGGCAAAAAAUUUACAGGAAAUGGAUUCCUGGUAUAAAAGUAAAUUUGAAGACCUGAACAACAAGACGACAAAACAUGUGGAUAUAGUUCGAAGUGUCAGGGAGGAAGUUGCUGGCGCCAAGAAGGAUAUCCUAAACAAAGAGCGUGGCCUGGAAGCUCUGAAGACCAAGAAUGAGGCUCUGGAGGCACAAAUUCGUGAAGCACAGGAAAAGUACAAGAAAGAGCUGGAGGACCUUCAGGCAAGAAUUGAGGCCCUGAAGGAGGAGCUGAAAUCCACCAAGUCGAAAAUCGCUCUGCACCUGCGUGAAUACCAGGACCUUCUGAACAUGAAGAUGGCUCUGGAGAUUGAGAUCACAACUUACAGGAAGCUGAUUGAGGGCGAGGACUUGCGACUCACAACCAUGGUUGGGACCAUGUCCAUAAUGAGUAGCAGCUCAAGCUCCAUGAGCGCUGGGAUGAGUGUGGGCAUGGCUGGAGGCAUUGGACCUGGAGGCAGUGGUGGAGGAAUGGGUGGAGGAAUGAGUGGAGCUGGAAGCUUAGGUGGAGGAAUGGGUGCUGGAGGGAUGGGAGCUGGAGGCAUGGGUGCAGGAGGCAGUGGUGGAGCUGGAAGCAUGGGUGGAGGAAUGGGAGCUGGAGGGAUGGGAGCUGGAGGCAUGGGUGCAGGAGGCAGUGGUGGAGCUGGAAGCAUGGGUGGAGGAAUGGGAGCUGGAGGAAUUGGAGCCAAAGGCGUGGGUGCUGGAGGCGUGGGUGCUGGAGGCCUAGGAGGUGGAAGCACAGGUGCUGGAGGAUUGGGUGGAGGCAUGGAUGGUGGAGGAAUUGGUGCUGUAGCCCAUGGUGCUAAAGGCAUGGGUGCUGGAGGCAAUGGUGGAGGCAUGGGCGGAGGCAUGGGAAAAGAUGCAGGUGAUUAUGGGUACGGCGCCUCGAUGGAGUACUCCCACGAGGAGCAGGCAGUGGAGAUGACAGAGAGGAGGACGGUGCUCAUCAGAACAGUUAAAUCAGAGGAUGAAACACUGGAAAGCGACACAAAGGAGCAAACCUACAUAAUCUCUGGCGCUGCCGAUGACUCGGACGAGGAAUAGGCGUACAUGACCAUGUGACCUCCUCUCACCCCUUUAACCCCUCACGCCCCCGGAGCUUUGCACUGACGGCUCAUGUCUGGUCUCUGACCUUUGACCAAGACAUGAGACCAUGAAUGACCCUGCAACCUAGUCAAGCAGUACCCUUCGGCUCUUGUGAUGUGCCAUUGAACCACACAUUCAGAAACUCUGUGUGCCUUACACAGCUACUCAAUCAGCAGCAAAUAAAGCUCUCAGCAUUCAA